AUGUGCAAUAAUAUACAUAGAGUUUGGAUACAAAAGGGAAUAAAAGUAAAAAACGAAGAAAAUGUCGGUGGUAGUAAAUUCAAGCUUUAUUCUUUGCUCAGUCUCGAAACGAAAAAAUCAACGGGAACAUUAAACGAUUUGGAAAAAAAUGAUGGAUUUGAGGGGGAAAAAAUAAAAGAAAAUAAUAGGGAAAUAGUAGAUGGUGACGUCGUCAACGAUGAUGACGUAAAUGAUAGGAGGAUCGUGGAAGAAGAAACGGAAAAUUUCGAUGAGUCGAUGUCGUUUGAUGAUGAGAAAAUAUUAAUGGACAAAAGGAAAACGAUCGAUUCGAGGGAUAAAGAUUUUUCAUCGUCGGAUGAUGAUUUGACAUUAACGAUUAAAAUACAAUCGAACAUGGAGGAGGAGGAGGAGGACGACGACGACAGUUUCGAAAUUGUCGAAACGGGUAUCGAUACGUCAGUAGUGGAUUCAAAAAAUGGGGAUAAGAAAAAGGUUAAGAGUAGAAAAACUCAAACUCUUGGGGAACAAACAAAUCCGGCGAAAAAAAAAAGGUUUAGAAUUCGUCCGGCCGUACCGAGUUCUUGCACACUUUGCGACAAAGUUUACAAAAAUGGUGAAAUAUUAAGGCAACACAUGAAAAGUCAUCACGUGACCGGAACCAUAGAGUGUCCGAGUUGCAAAUUAACUUUUACCUCGCUGAGAAGUUUAAAAUAUCACGAACAACGUAAGCACAGCAAUUUGGAACCCGUGCCUUGUUCGUUUUGCGGUAAAAAGUUUCUGGAUAAAAAGUACCUGAGAAUCCACGAAAACAUACACAGUCAAACGAAUCAUUUCGUCUGUCAAUUUUGCGGUAGGAAAUUCAUAAUGAAAACAAAUUUGACCGUACACAUAAGUCGUCAUCACACGAAAAAAUCAAACGAUUUCGUUUGUCAGAUAUGCGGAAAAGCUUUCCCAUUCAAAUUGUAUUUGAAAAAACAUUUCAAAACUCACACGGAUGACAAACCCUACGAGUGUAACCACUGCGAAGCGAAAUUUCGAGAAAAUACUUUGCUUCGAAAACACGUCAACAGCAUACAUUUGAAAUUGAGACCUUUCCUAUGUCAAUACUGUCACAAAACUUUCACCCGAAGUUUGUACCUGAGAGAACACAUGGAAUCGCAACAUUUGGGAAUACAAAGAAAACUCGAAUGUACGAAAUGCGGGGAAACUUUUACAAAUAGAAACAGGUUGAGGCAACACGAAUUUAGGAAAAAAAGAAAGUUAAAUUAUUUGGACGUUACAUACGAUUAUCCGGUACCGACGAAAGAUGGUAAAGUUCAUCAAUGUCGAAUAUGUAGAAAAUAUUUGAAAAACGUAACGACGAGAAAUAGACACGAAAUUGAAAAUCAUCCGCCUCCGCACGGUUGCGAAUUUUGUCAAAAAACAUUUACAACGGUUUUAACGUAUCACAUACACAGAAACAUACAUCUCGGUUUGACUAAAUAUAAAUGUAAAUAUUGCGGCAAACAUUUUGCUUCCCGUUCGAAUUUAGAAGAUCACGAAAAAGUACACACGAAAGAAAGGCCCGUGGAAUGUCCGAAAUGUGAUAAAAAAUUCUCAUCCGUAUCGAAUCUUCGCGUUCAUUUGAAAUUUCACGACAACGUUAAAACUCACUUCUGUCACGUUUGCGGCAAAGGUCACGUGACAAUGGGUAAUCUCAAGUUACACGUCAAAAGGCAUACGAACGAAAGAAAUGACGUGUGUCACAUAUGCGGCAAAGGUUUUAACGGCAAAACCGAAUUGAAAAAACACAUUGAAAGUCAUAGCGCGGAAAAAAAAUUUUCUUGUCAGUAUUGUUGUCAAAAAUUGAAAACCGUUAAUUCGUUAAAAAGACACGUUAAUAUACAACAUUUGAAAUUGAAACCUUAUAAAUGCGAUUUGUGUUUAAAAGAUUUUGGAAGAUUGGAAAAUUUUAAAGAACACGUACAAAUCCACGAGAUGAAAAAACAAUUUUUUUGCCACGGAUGUCAUAAACAAUUUACUAAUUCGAAACAUUUUCAUUCUCACAAAUGUCAAAUUUGA